AGCGCACUAGUCUACCGUCCACCGAGCUCUCGGAGCAGCUGACAAGCGCACGGGCAUCUGCGAGGAGCACGCCUCUCUUGACUAGCCCAAGGCCCACGAGUCCGCAGAUUGGAGAACGAGCCAGAGAACGACACCGCUCGCGCCCGCCAUUCUCCGGUAAACGAAAUAUUCCACGGAAUCGUGAAAGCGACAGCAGUUUCACCCAGAGCGUGUGUGUUUGCGCUCUUAAUUACAAACACUAUGGCUCGCUCCGUCACGUCUCCCUUGACCGAGGUGUACGAAUUAUUCUGGUCUCACCGAGACCCAAGGACUGCGGGAUGGGGUUUCAUCGCCGACGCAAAGUUCACCUUCCCGCUGCUCAUCGGCUACGUCUACUUCGCCAAGGUGGCGGGGCCCCGCUGGAUGAAAGACCGCAAGCCGUUCGACCUCAAGUGGGCGGUGCUGAUCUACAACGCGUUGACGGUGAUAGCCAACGCCUACUUCGCUAUUCGCUUUCUGUCGCUCACUUACGUGGGUGGCAACUACAGCCUGCUCUGCCAAGGAAUAAACUACAGCUCACCCAGCGAGAGGGACAUGGCCAUACUCAACCUGGGCUGGUGGUACAGCUUCGUGAGGAUCGGUGACUUCAUGGACACGGUGUUCUUUGUGUUGCGCAAGAAGAACUCCCAAAUCACGUUCCUGCACGUCAUUCAUCACUUUCUGGUCGUGCUGAGCGGCUGGUUCUUCCUCAACUUCGGCGGCGACGGGCAGCCCAUCUUCGGCCUGUGCGUAAACGCUUUCAUCCACGUCAUCAUGUACUCGUACUACUUCCUCGCAGCCCUGGGGCCUUCGAUGCAGAAGUACCUGUGGUGGAAGCGCUACCUCACCGAGCUGCAGAUUGUACAGUUCGUUGGCCUCAUGCUGCACAUGGCCAUCACGCUGUUCUACGACUGCGGAUACCCCAAGUUCCUCACGAUGCUGGCCCUGCCGCAAGGUUGUCUGGGACUGGGACUCUUCAUCAACUUCUACAUCAAGAGCUACAGGGCGCAGAGGAAGCUCCACGUAAGCGCCGAUAAGCUAAAGAAGCACGACUGAGCAUCGCGUGGCCGACGUGUGUUUGAAAC